CGGACGGGACGCUUCUUCAACAACAUGGCUACUGAUUCAACCACCUCGGCAGCCUGCAUAAAAGCGAUACAUUAAAUCGUUUCAGUUAGUUUCAGUUAGUUUAAAACACAUUUAUGUCGUAUCUAGUUACCCUUAAUUUCUAUAUUUAUGUUUUUGUUAGCCAUCUAGAUGGGUGGUUAAAUUAGCAGUAGCCUAGAAGCUAAUGAAUGAUAGCUAGCUAACGUUACCUCGCUAACAUCCUCGACCAUGAGCUCACCAAGCUACUCCCCACCUGCUAAAGAAGAGGAGAGCUGCUGGACGGAGAAAGAAGCCCCGGUGAAAGAGGAAGAGGAGGCUGUCACCGUUAAACAAGAAGUAGAGGGUGAAGCUGUUACAGUGAAACAAGACGUAGAGGGUGAAGCUGUUACAGUUAAACAAGACGUAGAGGGUGAAGCUGUUACAGUUAAACAAGACGUAGAGGGUGAAGCUGUUGCAGUGAAAGAGGAAGAAGAGGGUGAAGCUGUUACAGUUAAACUAGAGGAAGAAGCUUUCAUAGUAAAAGAGGAGGUGGAUGUUACUGUGGAGGAAGAGAAACAAGACGGUGCCGCUUUGGGAGUGAAAGAGGAGGAAUUGACUGUCACGGUGAAAGAAGAAGAUAUUUUCAGAGUAAAAGAGGAGGAUGCCGUCUUUGGAGUGAAGGAGGAGGGGGAGGAGGAGGAAAAAGAAGAGAUCGGAGAUGUAAUUAACACCACAGGAGCAAGACCAGACACUCACUCUGACAGCAGGAAGAGUCCUUCAGUGGAACCAGACCCAGAGACGUCCAAACCAGCGAGACGACACCACUGCUCCCAGUGUGGAAAAAGUUUUACUAAGUUACGGAAUCUAAAAGAGCAUGAGAGGACACACACAGGAGAAAAGCCGUUCCAAUGUUCCCAGUGUGGAAAGAGUUUUACCGUGUUAACUAACCUGAAAAGGCAUGAGAGAAUACACACUGGAGAAAAGCCUUACCAAUGUUCCCAAUGUGAAAAGAGUUUUACCGUGUUAGUUAACCUGAAAAGGCAUGAGAGAAUACACACAGGAGAAAAGCCUUACCAAUGUUCUCAGUGUGGCAAGAGUUUUACCCAGUUAAGGUCCCUGAAAAGGCAUGAGAGAGUACACUCUGGAGAGAAGCCUUAUCACUGUUCCCAUUGUGAAAUGAGUUUUAGGUCGUCUGCAAACAUGAAGGAGCAUGAGAGGACACACACAGGAGAAAAGCCUUUCCAAUGCUCACAUUGUGGAAAGAGUUUUACCCAUCUAGUGAGCCUGAAAAGACAUGAGAGAAUGCACACGGGAGAAAUGCCCUACCAAUGCUCCCAUUGUGGAAAGAGUUUUUCCCAAUCAGCAAAACUGAAAAGACAUAAGAGAAUGCACACAGGAGAGAAGCCUUUCAAAUGCUCCCAUUGUGGAAAGAGUUUCAGCCAAUCAGGGGGCCUGAAAAAACACGAGAUAAAGAAGAAGCUAUGUUCUUUAUGUUCUUGAGUGAGAAUGUGUUUUUGUUAAU